AUUCAAAAUCCUGGAGUGUCGAUUGUAGGCUACAGCCAGCCGGAACGAUUCUAUCCAAUCUACGCAAGAUUGAAAGAGCGAAGAGACGGGGCCGUGGACAGGAUGCUGAUUUAUCAGCCCAAGCCAAAGCGACUCACUGCCACAGAGACCAAACGUUUUAUAACUCAAUUACACCAAUCACAUGUCAAAGAUUUGAGGUAAGCUUUUCGAUAAUUAAAUGGAAACAAAACGAGUGAUGACUGUUUUCUUCUAAGCAAAUCAGGGCACAGCCAUACUUAAAUUUGUCAAUGGUCGAUAUUUCAUAAUGAAUCACAAUGAAGGAUUAAAUUUAACACGAAUUCUAGAAGUCCGUUGGUGUAUCCAAGACCCCUGGAGGAGCCUCGUUCGCAUGACUCUUUUUCACAAGUAAGAUAGGCGAGAAUCUCGGCUAUUUUAUAACUGAUAUGUUUUAAGUUUUUACAGCGCGCACUGAUUAUUUUAAAUGGUUUUCAAACUAUGUUUUAGUUAAAUAAACUUAUUCCUAACUAAAUCAGUAAUUUAUUCCGGCAGUGUUGUAUGUUUUUUUAGCAAUAUUUCAAAAGGACCACUUUAAAAUCAAGCAGGUGAAAUUUGCACUUAAAAACUUUCAUUGGCUCAUGUUCAGCGAAUUUUCUAGUUGAAACUAAAAACAAACAUCAAUGAAAGGAUUGGAUGUGCGUAUACUCUUUCCAAUGUCGUUGACAGUUUUUCUCUAAAAUUUGCAUAACGAAGAGAGCACUGAAACAAAUCUCGAAAGAUGCGGCGGGGUUGGCAACAAGAAGCCUACUUUGAGUUUUUCACAAAAACGAGGCUUUGUUUUUGCAACAAUUAUUCGUCUCCCAAGAUACAUUCGGGCAGUGAUAAAACCAUGUGCGAUUUUCACGAUAGCGUCGUCGAUCUCUGCAAUCUCUGGACCAAUCGAAGCCACAAAUUUUGGCCGAGGAGACGUCCUUCAUAAUAAUAAUAAUAAUUUAUAUAUCGCCUACAGACCUGUUCUAUGCGCUUUACCAUAAUAUGCUAAUAAUACUUGAUACACAUCGAUCAAUCAUUUUCAUUUAGAUGUACAGCUUACGCAAUGUAUAAUUAUAUAAAAGCAAUAUAUAUAUAUACAAUAAAGUUUUUCGUAACUUAAACACACGACUGAUUCAUUGUAUUUUUCUUUCCUAGAUCGGUUUAUGAAGGCAUCUACACUUUUUGUCACGAUGAAAAUGACGUCCUCACAUUAUCGUUGGAUGUGGACGGAAACACAGCUUUUGAGGAAUUUUUGGACAAGAUAGCGGAGCAGCUGAACAAGCAGUGGAGUGAUAACAGCGAAAGUGAAGACGUCUCCAAAGAUGAUCGACACGUGUUGAGACUGGCGGCGGUGCUGCAUUUGUUCUAUGAUCAGCUGAAGAAGAGGUUAGAAAGCCUUCCAGCAUCACCGCCAGCUAAUGUCGUCAACAAAGCGACGUUGAAGCAAGCCAUCGCCUUAGCACACUAUUUCGCUGAACAGCGAAAAGUGCUCGAUCAGGUAAUGGAAAAUACUUUACAUGAUGCAUCCAACGAAUUCAUACUUUAUAUGAGCUUUAAUUAAAAUCCGAUGCACACACUGAUUGGCUGGAGGGCUAUUUCAUAUUUCCUUUAAGUAUUCUGAAAGAAGCUAUGUCGUCUUUUCCUUAGAAGAUGUUCAAGUCAGAAAGGGUUCUAUAAUUCUCCGCUGAGGUAGUCAAAUCUGUUUACAAUAUGCAACAAUAUGCAACUCUAAAACAACGCCAUGACGUGAGAUAUUAAUUUCCUGAUUCUGAUAAAUUAUGUCCAUCCGAGAAAUCAAUUGAGAGAUACCAAAACGUUUGUAAUUAUCGGGUGGUCGCUACUUACGGAAAACGUUAUUCCGAAAUUCAGAGAACUGUGCAUUUGAUCAAUUGCAAAGUUUACGACAAAAAACCGUUAAGUUUUUCGUCUGAUAGUGUCAUUGUAUUUUAAGGUGUACAUUAUAAGAUUUUAUAUUGAUGUCUUUAACUUUACUCAGUUGCAGCUUGGAAACAUGGAAACCGGCGCGGUAAGCAAGAAGGCAGACCCUAAAUCCAUAGCAAGUAGAGUACUAACCUGCCCUGGUCCUUUCUCGACCGUGCGGUUAGCACAAUCCUCGAUAAGUGGACAUAUUCGUCCAGCGGCAGUCACUAUUGUUGAGAUAAUGCAAAAUCUAGAGAGAGAUGGUCUCGGAAAGGUUAUUGUCGUGGAUAGAACCACUGUGUUUUAUAAGAGCCUUCCGUGCAACGUUGACGAGGAGGUCCUCGGAAACUAUGGUGUUAUUCUUGGAAACUACAGUAACCAAUUCAAAGAGAGGGCAGCCCAUACUAUCGUUUCAAGGGAUCUUUUUAAUAGAAUGCUUAAUAUGUCCCCUGACAAGGUGGAUCUCGAAAGGGUUUAUGCCAUUACAUCAGAAGAAGACUGA